AUGGUGCUGCUCCUCGUAGCUGCUCAGUCGCGACGGCUUUGUCGCCCUGCAAGCGCUCGCUGUGCACUCCCGUUGCUCUGUAACCACGUGCAAUCGUCUCUUUCUCACUCACAAUACCGUCAGUCGUCAAAAGUGCGCAUUGUAUCGACGCUUGAUGAUGUACCAAUCGACAACCAAAAGCUCGAUACGAAUGGUCCAUUGACCGAGAAAGAGGAAGUUCUCGUUGAGAAAAACUCGAGUCCUCUCGAACGUCUUUUGCAGCACUCGGAGCAUUUCCAAUUUGAUGUGGACGACGUCUCUUAUGAUGAUGAUGAUGGUGACGUUGAUGUUGUAGACAGCAAUGGACCGGACGAGGUCGUUGCAGGGUUCAGUGGGUCCAUUGAAGGCAGCAGCACUAGUCGCUGGUUAUUGGACGCUCGUAAGCGUGACUCGCGCCGUCGUCGUUAUGGCAAUGCCGAGCUUGGAAGGAACGCAGUGGAUCGUAUUGUCGACAAAGACACGGACGAGAUUGACUAUGAUGCCGAGCUUGAGAACGUCUGGGACGAGCAGGAGCGGAAGCAGCGCAAGUUUUACCAGAUACUGCGACGGGACCAUGAUCGGAACCAUGUGUGCACAAAUUGUGGGGAACGCGGCCAUCAAGCUCGGAAUUGCCUUGUGCCACCCAUUUGCUCCAAUUGCGGUAACCUUGGCCACAUAGCUCACCAGUGCAGGUACAGACGGAACCCUGACACGAUGGAUGAGUUUCUUGUGCAAGGAGACGAUAUUCGCGCACAAAAGAAAAAGAACCGAAAGGUGAGGAAGAAAGCAGUUGAAUUCGUGAACAACCCGGGCAUGCCACGCCCCAAGGAGGUGCCCAUGAGUCACUUUUACUCGCGUAAUGAGGAGCUGCGCAAGGAGCUGGAUGCAGAACUUGAUGCAUACGCCGACGUGCUGGAAAAACAAGCUCGAAAGCGCCGAGCGCGUAAGGUGGAAAAGGAUGCAUCAGCAAUGUCAGUGUCCGAGAAGUAG